AGGAGCUCAGAGUUAGUUUGAGACGAGCUGUGAUUAUUUCGCUUUUAACGCCCGUCAUUUUAUUAUUUCGUCCGCAUGACUUUGACUCACGACCGGGCGAUGACCUACGCCAAAAUGAGGAGGCUUGUGUCAUUUUUCUCAGCUCUGCACAAGGUGAGAAAAACUCUCUUCAAGGACGUAAUACACAAACUUUCCCCCUAUCAACCACUUUGCCAGCACCAGGACACCAGGAAGGUCCCUCACCUGUGGAGCAAAAUCAAGGAGAAGACAAAAGACAGAGGCAAUGCGUGCUCGCUAAAGUCUCAAGCCCACAUGAUGAAACCAUCUGACUUUGACUACCUCAAAAUUAUCGGCAAAGGGAGUUUUGGAAAGGUGCUGCUGGCCAGACAGAGAAAAGAUGGAGGCUACUUUGCUGUGAAAGUGUUACACAAACAAACUGUUGUUAUGAGGAAAGAGCAGCAACAUGUGAUGGUGGAGAGGAGCGUUCUACUUAAAGGACUUCAACAUCCAUUUUUGGUUGGACUCCAUUACUCCUUCCAAACACCAAACAUGCUCUACUUUGUUGUGGACUAUGUUAAUGGAGGCGAGCUUUUCUACCACCUCCAGCGAGAGGGUCCAUUUCCUGAAAGCAGGGCUGCUUUUUACGCCGCAGAAAUGGCAAUGGCGCUGGGCUACCUUCACGCCUUAGACAUUGUCCACAGGGACCUGAAACCGGAGAACAUUUUGCUGGACAGCGAGGGACAUGUGAAGCUGACCGACUUUGGACUCUGUAAAGAAGGUGUGGCCGUGGGUGGGCUCAUGCAUACGUUCUGCGGGACUCCCGAGUACCUCGCCCCAGAAGUGCUCCUGGGUCACACGUACACUCCCGCAGUGGACUGGUGGGGACUCGGCAGCGUGCUUUUUGAGAUGCUAUACGGACUUGUGAGUGCUUUUUUAGCAAUGCGAACUAUAUUAUAUUUUCAAAUUCAACAUCUUUUCUCGUUUUUGGUGCGUCAGCCUCCAUUUUACAGCGAUAGCAAAACAGUGAUGUUUGACAAGAUACUCAACGCACCUCUUUGCCUGCGUAGUGGAACAUCUGAGGCGGCCUGCUCGCUAUUAAAGGGUUUACUGGAGAGGAAGGUCUCCAGACGCUUGGGGGAAAGCCGUGACAUAGUGGAGCUGCAGGAACAUCCAUUUUUUGCGUCCAUCAACUGGGAUGACCUAUUGGCUAAGAAAAUCACACCUCCCUUCAUCCCCAAUGUGACGAGCCCUUGCGACAUCAGCUACAUCGACCCCGAGUUCACGCUACAACCCGUGCCCGCUUCCAUGAAUGACAGAUGCCAAGAUGGCGGGACGAGUGAAGCCUUUGUAGGAUUCUCCUACAUGAACACUACAUGAGCUACU